AUGAUGCCGUUUUUGACAUCGGAUGCGGCGUGUCGUGUGACAUCACAGGAAAUCGUCAAAAUCUUGCAAACCGACGCGAAGGAUGGUUUAGAUGAAAACGAAAUCCAACGACGACGAAAGUAUUAUGGCUACAAUGAUUUCGAAGUGGAUGACGACGAACCUUUGUGGAAGAAGUACUUAGGUCAAUUCAAAGAACCGAUGAUUUUACUUCUACUUGCAUCAGCAGUUAUAUCUUUACUCAUGCGACAAUACGACGAUGCACUGUCGAUAACAAUCGCAAUCAUUAUCGUUGUUACAGUAGCGUUCAUUCAAGAAAAUCGUGCAGAAAAAGAAAUUGAAGCAUUGAGACGACUUGUCCCACCUAAAUGUGUCUGUAUACGUGAUGGAAAGAGUCAACAUAUCUAUGCGAGAGAUCUAGUCCCUGGUGACUUGUGUAUCUUGGAGAUUGGUGAUCGUGUUCCAGCUGAUUUACGUUUAACAGAAGCGAAUGAAAUGUCUGUCGAUGAAUCAUCGUUUACAGGUGAAACUAAACCAUCAAAUAAAUCAGUGGAACCAAUUUCAUUCAAUUCAAGGCAAACAUCGAUUAGUGAUCGACGAAAUAUUACUUUUAUGGGUACACAUGUACUUAGUGGAAAUGCUAAAGGCAUCGUGAUAUGCACAGGCGAAAAUUCAGAAUUUGGAAAAGUAUUUCAAAUGAUGCAACAGCAAGAAGCACCAAAAACACCAUUACAAAAAAGUAUGGACGCAUUGGGGAAACAACUAUCGUUCUAUUCAUUGAGUAUUAUUGGCUUUAUUGUGAUUGUUGGAUGGUUGCAAGGUCGGCAUCUUCUGGAAAUGUUUACUAUCGGUGUUAGUUUAGCCGUUGCUGCUAUACCAGAAGGUUUACCCAUCGUGGUAACUGUUACAUUGGCGUUAGGAGUGCAACGUAUGGCUAAACGAGAAGCUAUUGUGAAGAAAUUACCUAUUGUUGAAACACUCGGUUGUGUAACAGUUGUUUGUUCGGAUAAAACUGGAACAUUAACGAAAAACGAAAUGACAGUGACGAAUAUUUUGACUUCAGGCGGAGAAAUGGCUGAAGUUACUGGCUCAGGCUACAAUGGUGAAGGCGAUGUUUUGUGCAACCAUGAACGAGUGACUUAUGAUUCCCAUCCAUUAAUAUCCAAAAUAGUUGAAGUGGGUGCUGUUUGCAAUAACGCAGAAAUCAUUAACUGUGAACUUCGCGGUCAACCAACCGAAGGAGCUCUAAUUUGUGUGGCUAUGAAAAUGAAUCUUCCACACAUUCGUGAACAAUUUCACCGUGAACGUGAAUGGCCAUUUUCUCAUGAAAACAAAUGGAUGGCAGUGCAAUGUUCACCUAAAUAUAAUCCUAAUGAAACACGCUUGUAUCUGAAAGGAUCGAUUGAGCAAGUACUAAGAUUAUCCAAACGAUAUCUACAUCAUGGAGUAGCUGUGCAAAUUACCGAAGAGAAAGUUCGUGAAUUCAUUGUAGAUUCGAACCAACUAGCCGCAAAAGGACUACGAGUUUUGGCAAUGGCUACUGGAUCAUCUUUAGAAGAUCUAACCUUUGUCGGCAUGGUGGGAAUCAUUGAUCCAGAACGUGCACAGGUAGAAGAUGCUGUUGCUCAGUUGAAAGCUGGUGGGGUCAUUGUCAAGAUGAUAACUGGCGAUGCCGAAAAAACAGCAAAAGCAAUCGCUACUCGUUUAAAAAUUUACAAUGCGACGGAUCUAUCCAUAUCUGGUGAAGAUCUCGACCAUAUGAGUGCUGCUGACAUCCACCGACUUGUUUCUCAAGCAUCAAUCUUUUAUCGUGUUAGCCCGAAACAUAAAUUAACAAUUGUUAAAGCUUUGCAAGCACAGGGACAUAUUGUAGGUAUGACAGGCGAUGGUGUGAACGAUGCUGUUGCUCUCAAAGCAGCUGACAUCGGUAUCGCCAUGGGACAAACAGGAACCGAUGUUUGCAAAGAAGCAGCUGAUAUGAUUCUUGUCAAAGAUGACUUUUACACAAUUAUGGCAGCAAUCGAAGAAGGAAAAGCAAUCUUUCACAAUAUUCGAAAUUUUGUUCGAUUUCAAUUGAGCACGAGUAUUGCAGCCUUGAGUUUAAUCACACUUUCAACAGUAUUUCAUUUUCCUAAUCCAUUGAAUGCUAUGCAAAUUCUCUGGAUUAAUAUUAUCAUGGAUGGUCCGCCAGCGCAAAGUCUCGGCGUUGAACCUGUUGAUCAUGAUGUAUUAAAAAAGCCACCACGGCGAGUAACCGAUCCAAUGAUCGAUAGGAAACUAAUUGCAAACAUUCUCACCAGUGCAAUAGUGAUCGUUGUCGGAACUCUCUGCGUCUUCUAUGCAGAAAUGAGAGACGGAAAAGUAACGCCAAGAGAUACAACGAUGACAUUCACAUGUUUCGUCUUUUUCGAUAUGUUCAACGCACUGAGCUGUCGAUCUCAAACAAAAUUUAUAUUUGAAAUUGGACUCUUUUCGAAUCGAUUCUUUGUCGUCGCUGUAUUUCUUUCCAUUGUCGGGCAAUUAGCAGUGAUCUAUCUUCCACCAUUACAAUACGUUUUUCAAACAGAAGCAUUGAGUAUUGCAGAUUUGUUCUAUUUGACAUGUUUAACAUCAUCUGUGUUUCUGGUCAAUGAAUUUCGAAAAUUAAUCUCAAGAAUUCUUCUGAAACGCCAGCAUCAUCGUCAAACUCGAACAAUUAAUCAAUGGAUGGUGUAA